CCGGACACCAUUUGAAGAGGCAACUUCUGCUUUAUGUUGCUUUAUGCUACCUCCAUCUGCUUUGUAACAACGUUCGUAACGAUUUUUAGACGAAGCCCCGAGUUAUUUUCUGGACCAAAAAGCUUGAAAUCAGAGGCUUCACGGCUGAUCUGUAAGCGAAGAUGACGGACCGUUACAACAUCCACAGCCAGCUGGAGCACCUGCAGUCGAAGUACAUCGGCACAGGACACGCAGACACCACCAAGUGGGAAUGGCUGGUGAACCAGCACAGAGACUCGUACUGCUCUUACAUGGGCCACUUCGACCUUCUCAAUUACUUCUCCAUCGCUGAGAACGAGAGCAAGGCUCGUGUGCGCUUUAACCUAAUGGAGAAGAUGCUGCAGCCCUGCGGACCCCCUGCUGACAAACCCGAUGAUGCUUAGAAUGAAGAAUUGUUCAGAGAGGACUUUAUAGUGGUCAUGUGUGGAUGAGGGUUUUAAACUUUUUUUUUUUUUUUUUUUAAUGAAUUUAGCAAAUUUUUCUCUUUUGGCAUUUUGUGUAACAUUUUCGAGUAAAUGUGUUUUAAGGAAAUAAAAAUGGAGACUGUC